CACCAUCUCAUCACUUCCCCUCAACUUUCCUUUAGUUCUGGCACACGUCGCUCUUUGGGGCCUGAAUGCUUUUUGCAAGAAAAUUAUAUUUUCUCAAUAUCGGCUCACAACAUUCAGGUUGUUCUCUGACGGUUUUCAACAUUCGAAUUGUCUUUUGAACACCAUGAUCAAACCACGGUUGGAUUUCUCAGACGAAAUUAUAGAUGACUCGGAGCCAGAGAGGAUAGAACAUCGACGUGCACAGGAUAGCCAGCGUACCCACCCUACUGACCAAAUGGGAGGCGAACGAUACCAGAAAAUUAUUGAUGUCAUCGAAAUUACUGAUGAUGAAAGGCUUGAUAACGUACCACACCCCAAGUCGAUUGAAGGUGCCGCGGUCACCCUCACCUCGAGUGAGUCAGACGGAGCGAUGGACAUUGCAACAUCGACUUCACUUAGGCUACCUGAAGUAGAAAUCGAUACACUAAAUGUGGCUAAUUCAGCUUUGCCGGCUGAGCGACACCAGACAUUUUCUUCAAGCUCUCCUCAACGUACACGACAAAAACAGCAUAUCGACGAAGACGAGACAAUCCUCACCAAACUUGACCUCGCACGUUUUGCCCACAAAGUCACGAAUGAUACGUCAAGGUUUAGACCGCCUGCACCCCCAACUGGUACAAAACAAAGAAGUAGGGCGAAAGCCUAUCAAUUAGCACCCGAUUUCUCUGACGCGUACCUGGCAAGAAUGGCCAAAUGUGUGUGCUGCGACAUUCCAUGGCGAACAUCCAAGACAGCUGCGGUGAAAAUGCGCCAUGUCUUAAGUUGCGCAAAACAGCAUGGAAUUGACGACAACACCCUUGAAUCUGCAAUUCGCAACGAGAUUGAGCGAUUGUCUGUUGAUGUUUUGAAAGGGGAUGGCCCACAAAAGGUGCUGCCCUCGAGUGAGGCUCAGAAGACACUGUUCGAGGAUUUGGUCACUUCUACAGUCUCAAAGAAGAAAACAAGGCCUCAAGCUACCAGAUCGUCGGUAACGAUUGCUUCCCUUACUCGGAAGGCAACACUGGACCGAGCCCGCGUUGUUUUGGAACAACGAAGUUCAACCUUGGCCGGUCCUUACCUCGACCACAACAUCAAUAUGCAGUCCGCAUUACACCAUGAUGACGAGUUCUCGCCAGGAACACAAAAAUUCGCUCCGUCCAAGCUUGGUGCAACACGGCGCGGAACGCAGCUUUUGCCUUCAACUUCAAGCUAUCCCGACAAACAUGAUGCCUUUCUUGAAUCUAGUCACAAUCCCUCUUGCAAAAACGCUUCAACCAAAGCCGUAAACGGUCGUUGUCUCCGAGCAGGGAUCGAGAAUCCUCCCGAAAAGGCCCCCCUUCACACUGGGUCUGAACGGACAAUUCCAUCACUUCAGAUAGCUCAGCUUGCCAAAGUCAUUCCCAUUUCACCCGAAAUAUAUCCACUUGAUAGAUUCUAUGGUUUCGAUGAUGUUUGUCUACAUCGUGACCUGGGAAUUCGUGAUCUAUGUCCUGUGCCGUCUAAGCACACCGAACCUGUCACUUUGGAUGUAAAACCCUCUAAGCUCAAUGUUUCGCGGACCCCAAGAGGCAGGAAGAAAACGGUGCCGAACCCCAGAGAUGCAUUUGAUGAAGAGGAAAUAAUGAUUAGGAUCAUGUGUGAUCAGCAACUCUACCUACGUAUACUUCGCUAUGAGCCGAUUCACUUCAACGUUUUCUUGAAGCUCCUAACACCUGAUGUUGUCAUCGUCAGUGGUAAAAUCAAACUGCAGUUGCGCGCUUUUCUCGAUGGGCAGGCAAUCAACUUCUAUGGUGCAGACCGUACAAGUAAAGUUUAG